UCCUUGGUUGAAAAUUUUACCAACCAAAAUCUAACCCAAUCAAAGUUUCAGAACCUCAUCAACCCACAAAAAGUCGAAUUGAAUUGAGGCAUUGGGUUAGAUUGGGUUCGUCAGGUAAGCGGGCUGAAUGCAUACGCAUAGACCAUAGUUGGUGUAAUCAAGUUUCCAACACACAUUGGGCCGAAUAUUGAGGCCAGAACCAGAAUCCAUUCUAGACUGCAACACAAGUAAAUAUCCAACAUUCCAUACCCUUGUAUUGUAUGUUUCCGAGUACGCCCAAAGAACCCAAAGCCCAUUAUUUUUGUUGAUCGAUUUCCAUCUUUCGAAGAGCAACAGAAAUGGAGAAAGCGCUGAGAGUCUAUGGUGAGGUAUUGAGGCUAGUGAGGCGGUUGCCAAAGGACACAAGGCCUUACUACGCCAAGUACGCCCGUGAAAACUUCGUCAACUACAGAGAGGUCGACGCCAAAGAUUCCAAUGCCCUUGACGAGCUCUUCCACCGCGCUUACAACCACUCCAUCUGGGUCCUCAACAAGUAUUCGGUGGAUAAAUCGGUGGGGGAUAAGCUGAAGGAGAUCUGCUUUCCUUAGCAUGUGUUAAUACGCCCGCCAUGUGCUUGUUUUUAUUCCUCAAAGGACAAAGGAUAGUGAGUAGUGACACUUACUCUUUUUUUUUGGUUUCAAAUUGCAGUGUCUACAACUUUUCUGUGAAGGGGUAGUGUUUUCAUUGCAUAAUGUUUUAACUUUUAAGAGUAUGUGUUUGAAACAAAUUGAGAAUACUCAGACAAUGUAACGUGUCUGUAUUCGUGUAAUAAGAGGACGUUGUAUUUGUAUGUUUGGUUGCUUUUCUAGAAUGCCCAUAACUCGUGUGUUUGAUUGCAUAAUAUAUCCAAUGCUGCAAUAAGGGUUUUGAUUG